GUCCAUGACAUCACACCCAGUAGCGAUCUCUCCGCAGUGUGGAAAUAGUUGAAGAGCGCAACGCAGUCCAAUCCACAAAACACAUUUUUAGCUAAGCGAGAAAUAUACAUUUGUGAGUUUGUUGUCAACAUCGCUUGGACAUGAUUUGUGUUAUUUUUAACAGGCUCUGAAAGACGCGCAGUCAGUGAAGGACGUUUGAAAACUGACUUCUGAUUAGUUCACGAUUAAGUUCAAACCGGGAAAAGACACGGAUAGAGGUUGUUUUUUUUUAAUCAACGACAUAAGAUUCAUUUAAAUCAGAGCACAGGCAGCAUGGCGAGAGAAGACGCUCGAAAUUGGCAUGACUUCACAAAAAUGAUCGGACUGUUCAGCGUGGUCACGUUGCUGACUUUUCAAGGGGCAGUGUCUCAGCGGGUGAAGGUGGAACCGGAAGUGAUGUCCUACCCCAGCCAGGCGGUCAACCUGAGGUGUGCCUUCACAGACGCUGGAGGGAUACAGCUCACACAGGUGUCCUGGAUCUAUGAGCCGAAGGAGGGUGAGCGGCUCAACAUCGCCGUGUACCACCCUAACUUUGGGGCAAGUUACCCCACAUCGCCCCUGAAGGGGCGGGUCCGCUUCACGACGGAGCCCCCCUCCCUCAGCAACCCCUCCAUCCAGAUCUCAGACGUCAAGAUGACUGACGAGGGAAAAUACAUCUGUGAAUACGCCACCUACCCCAGUGGCAACGAACAGGGUGUCACCUCCCUCGUCAUGCUAGCCAAACCCAGGAACUCUGCCUCCGGGGUAACAGUGAUAGCCUCCACUGUCGUCACGGGAGCCCAGCCAGUUGUCGUGGCCCGCUGUGAGUCGGCCGACGGUCGUCCUGCUGCCCAGAUCGCAUGGGUGACAGCUGUCAACGGCAACGCUACCUCCGCCUCUACGGCGGGCGCUGACAACACCGUGACGGUAUCCAGCCAGUACAUGCUGGUUCCCACAGCAGCAGACAACGGCAAAGACAUCAGCUGUUUGGUGUCCCAUCGAACCCAGGCCAAGCCUGAGAGCUUCCUGAUGAACCUGGCCAUCGAAUACCCCCCACAGGUGACCAUCGUGGGCUAUGAUAAUAACUGGUACGUGGGUCGGACCAACGUGGCUCUGACCUGUCAGGCUACUGCCAACCCCGUCCCUACCACCAUCGCAUGGAAAACUAUGUCCGGUCAGAUGCCAGACACAGUGCAGGUAAAAGAAAACGUGCUGACCGUGCUAAAGGUGGACGAGCAGAUCAACACAACCUUCGUCUGCGAGGUCAAGAACCGCCUGGGCACCGGCAAGGACCAGGUCACUGUUAUGGUCCGAGAACCCUCUGUGGUCCCCUCCAACGCGGCCGUGGUGGCAGGUGCUGUGAUUGGCUCCCUUCUGGCCCUCCUCCUCGUCGCCGCCCUUAUCGCCGUCCUGGUCACCCGGAGCCGCCGGCAACAGCAGGGUUACCGUGGCAACCCAAACCACAGCUCCUUCGACAUAAAGUCGCGUCUCUUCGGCGCCGGCAAGAAGGGGAGCAAGAACGGGACAGGUGCUGGCGCCGGGGGCAACGGGGUGGGUGGCAACAACAACAGCCCCAUCUACGUCUACAAGGAGGGCUCCGCCCAUGAUGGCCUGACUGACAAGGCCAAUCAACAUGUGCCUCUGCACCUGGGGGGGCAUGGUGAGGGGGGGGUUGCCACGGCGCCCACUGCGCAGGACAUCCUGCUGAGCGGCGAGCUGGACGAGGCAGAGCGAAGGAAGUUUGACCAGCUGGAGGACGACGAGGAGAGUUACGACCACUUUGGAGGGGGCGGGCCCAUCCUGCAACUCCGCCCACCACAUGACCAGGACGGAAUCAUGAGCGGUUACCUUGACGACGACAUGGAGUCUCAGCGCGACGGGUCGGUCAUCUCACGGACUGCCGUGUACGUGUAGAGAGAACGGGCAGAGGAAGAGGAGGAGGAAGGGAAAGCGGGAUGGAAGAAAGAAAAGAUGAAUGAACAUGUCCUCCUUCUAGAGGAGUCGGUGGUGUUGGGUUCUCCUCUGUUGGAUCAUUUGAAAUAUAUUAACAACGACCAAACAUGCAGCCCAUAGAGAGAGCAAGAUGAAGAGGCUGAGGGGGGCAAUGUACAGAAACCAGAUGAACUGAAUGAAGAGGCUGAGGGAGGGAAUGUACAGAAACCAGAUGAACUGAAUGAAGAGGCUGAGGGAGGGAAUGUACAGAAACCAGAUGAACUGAAUGAAGUGGCUGAGGGAGGGAAUGUACAGAAACAAGAUGGAGGACUGGUGCGUUGAUAAAACAACUAUUUUUCUCUGGUCCCAAUAUGAAAAGUGGAUCACUUGAUAUCUAUCUACCAAAACAAUGAAAGAAAUCCUGAAACUAUCUUUCUCACAUCGCUGCUCUGUCUGUUGUGUUCCUCAUUUCUUUAGUUUAGGGACCUUGGAGAUUGAAGCCUCCAGAGAGACACAUUGUAGUAGGGACUUGUGGGUAAAAUGGCAUCUCCAUGCAGCCGUUCCCUCGCUAGCUAGAGAAACUCCUCACUAAAAUAUUCACUCUUAUCUCCACUAAAUGCACAGUAGCAAUGUAAGGGGUGUCACGAUGGUAUCUGCUCCCUGCUAUUCUCGUCUCUCCUGUGAGACAAUGUUUGUUCCGGCUACAGUAGCCUUGUUUCUGCUGUAUGUGACAGUACUGGGGAAGGGAACAGGAAGUUUGGCAGGGGAAGUGGUCGAUGUAGUUGUGGUUAAGUAAAAUGUCAAACUCUCUCUAGUGUCUGUAUGUUGCAGUAGGCCUCCUCUUUCUACCUCAUUUUCUCUCUGCUAUUGUGCCACCAACUGGAAGUAUGUGCAGAAUUUAGUUUGGGACAUUCUGAAAUCAUAAACAACUUACUGAAGGAGGGGUAGUCAUCUAGAUGAAGACCGUGCAUGAAAGGGGAAUUGAUAGAGGGAUAGGAGGGAGGGAAACCAUACAGCUGUUCUCUCAUGUCCGGAGAGACUGGGAGAGAGGGAUUAGGAUGAAUUGAUUAGAGGGAUAGGAGGGAGGGAAACCAUACAGCUGUUCUCUCAUGUCCGGAGAGAGGUAUUAGGAUGAAUUGAUAGAGGGAGAAAAAGGGAUGUCUCAAACAGCAGGCUGUUCUCCCUCUCCUCCAUUUGAUCCCUCCCUCCUUGUGGUGUUCCUGACAGGAAGAGUUUGAUUGCUAAUGAGCUGUGAAGUCAAUGCUCAUUUAAGCCCACACACACAUACACACACACCAAAUUACCACCGCUUAGAUGGUAUGACGUGGAAAUGUUCUCUCCCUCCUCGCUCUCCUCUGUUCUCCCUCUCCUCUGUUCUCCCUCUCCUCCGUUCUCCCUCUCCUCCCUCCUUACCCUGUCUCUUUACCUCUGUCUCUCUCCAUCACCUCUCUCCUUCUCUCCCUCACCGUCUCUCUCUCCUCCACCAGACUUUCUCCAUCACCUCUCUCUACCCUGUGUGCGUGUGCGUGUGUGUGUAUGUGUGUGCGUGUGUGUGUGUGUGAUUUACACAGGGCUGUGGGGAGGUCAGGGAUACAGGGAGAGCAGAGGGAGUAUUUCUUGCCUCCCUCCCUACGUGUCAAACACCCCACUUACUGUACCCCCUUCCUCCUGCCAUACCUGACUCAGAAAGCCAUGGUGGAGUCAUGCCCUGCUCACUGUACAUCUCAGCUUUCAUAGUUUGAUUAGUAAGGUUUCCUCCUAUCCCAUUGUAUAUGUUGCUCUGUCAAUCUAUACAAUCACAAGGUAUAUAGAAAUCCAAAUACAUGAUGGCAUAUUUGCAUCUGUAGCUAAUUAAGAUAUAAAUGAAUUGAUUGAUUCUGUGCAUACACAGGGGGGUGAAUGACCUGUUAUAGGACCUACAUUGACUAGCAGAAGUCUGGGUAUAAUCCUUCAUGAUUCAGACCGGAGCCUGAUAGUUUAGUGACUAAUGUGUCUUUCUAACAAGACAGUCGAGGGCUGUUCAAGCCAAUAUCACCGUGUACAACUAUUAUACAUCACUAGAGGCAAACAGAAUCAGCCCCUUCACAACUCCUAUCUCAUGACUCCCCUGUGAUUCAUCGUGUUUCCUGGUUAAUCAGUGGGGUUUCCUUGGCCGCCCUGACCAGGUGAGGCAUCUGAUUGGCCCAUUAAGCCUGGGUCUGUUUCUGAGUCACGACCAGCCAGAGGUCAUGGGGUCAAACGAUGUGCGUUUUACCGCUGAGGGCGUGGAGGGUGCCUGUGGGUCGCACCUCUAAUAGGGCACUUUAACUUUAACCCAUAGGGUUCACAGAGAAACACACAUAUUACACACUCUGGUGAGAGAGCGACAUGUAGUAGUGUUCCAGGAUGACCUUGACUGUUGUGGUGGAGGUUGACCUUGGUGUGGGAGAGAGAAAGGAACAGAGAGGGGGAGACUGGGAGGAAGGGAUAGAUACUGACCCACUGUGCGACUCGCCUAACCAUCAGCACUUGAUAACACGAUAGCCUAAGUCUGUCAAUUACAAUAGAUUGAUAGCAUUAUGGCCUCAGUAUAGGCCAAAACUCUGACUUACAUACACAUUAUAGAUACAGUACACAUGCAGGGAGCAGGGCUCAACAGUGCAACCAUUUUACUUGCAUAUGCGCCUAAAUAUUUUGCUGUGCGACAUUGAAUUUUUAUUUUGGAUCCCCAGUGUGCUGAGAACCGUUUUGAAUUCUAGCUUUAUUACCUCAAAUAUUUUUCACUGUGCUCCUAAAUUUCUUUGUGUGCACCUACAUUUUUCAACUCAGCCACACACGUGCUCCUAAAAAAGGUCAGCAUAGAGGCCUGUAGUGAACUACUUAUCAUGACCACUAACAAACAUGUAUCUCCUAUCUUUGCACUUGUGUGUAACACCAAAACAGGAUAUGCCCACUAGUUAUAUUUGUAUGAAGGUGAUUAAGUGUGUCUUUGGAGAAAUAUUGAUAAUGUCCUUCGGUUUGUAAUGUGAAGGAGGAGGGAGGGAAGGGAGAAAUUUGUAUAUAUUUUUUGGUGUUAAGUAUCUGUAUAGUAUAUAUAUGUACGGAUCUUUAUUUUUCUUGUCGAACUCCUGUGGAAAAAAUGUGGAUAUUUAUCAGUGUAAAUAACUGCUGUAUAGAGUCAAUGUUGUCGUGUGGAACUCAUUUCUUGGUUUGGCCAAGGUCAAAGUUCAAUCGGAGCCAAUAAUACUGUACUCAGAAUGUAACUGCUUGAAUAGACAACCCUUCAAUGAAAAGGUGUAGGAUGUAUAAGAUGCACAUCUUCAGCUAUUAAAUACAUGUAAACAUUUGAGUUUUUCAGCCAGGAUGAUGACUGAAAUAACUGGAUUAGACAGGUUCACUAAACUCAAUCAGCAUACUUAAGAUAGCUGCCCCUUCACCCAUAAACACACACACUAUUUAUCAGAUAGAGUAGCUCCCAGCGCUGUGUGUGGUUUCUGAGUCAGCGCUGUGUGUGGUUUCUGAGUCAGCGCUGUGUGUGGUUUCUGAGUCAGCGCUGUGUGUGGUUUCUGAGUCAGCGCUGUGUGUGGUUUCUGAGUCAGGGGCUUUGGGACAUCUGUCACUGCCACAGGGUGUGUAACCCCCAUUUCCUGCCCCCUCUGUCUCUUAGCAUAGGGAGUUAGAGGAGACAUUACUGUACACUGUCCCCUGCAGCCUGAUCUCUCUCUCACGCGCACACACACACGCACACACAAAAAGAGGGAACUAGUAGGAGAGACACUUCCCAAACGCACACAAACACUCAGUGGUCCCAACUAAGCUCGGUGGUCAGAACUCUGUCAGCACAUUCACAGACCCUUCCUUUCCCCAGAGACUGGGAUUGAGCCACACACACACACACACACACUCCUCUUACCCAAUGUCGGGGAUUUGAAGGAGAAUGUGUGCUAAGAACACUUUAUCUGUCUGUUGCUCUCUCUCUCUGUGAGUGCUGCGUUUUACCGCUUUCCCAAAAUAAAAUACCCAAUUGGCCAAACUUGACCUCCACAGACUGGUCCCGAAGUUAAAAUGCUUCUAGAAAAUCACUAUCCAACUAUGUCUUCAGUCUUUUACAACAUUUAGUUUUUUUUUUUAAGUAAAUGUUUUCUGGGAAUCUACUCUUGACCACUUGUACUGGUUGGCACAAAAGUUUUCAAAUAAAAAUGCUUUUAGAGAGUUGCCAUAAUGUCCCUGACCUGGAGCUAGCACAAUGGUAGCUAGUUAGUAGUUGUUGAUAAUCCACAUCAUCGUCCUCUGGCUCUAAACACUGAUGACUAAUCCAAGCCUUAGCUUCCUUGUCGUCUCGAUCGCUCCCCCUGACGUGUACAUAGUAUAAAUAUAUAAAUACAGUAUCUAGCGGAAAGAAUGACUAAUUUAUGGUGUCACGUGUUCUAUUUCUCAGCGCCAAGCAUGAAGGAUUUAUUCUGUUCUGUAUCAAUGCUUAGUCCUUAUCUUUUUCUCUCUUAUUGCAGUGCUUUAUAAUUAAUGCUUUUGUAGUGCUUUAUUUCUCCACUGCUUUGCUGUGACUACUACGCCAAAACAGGCUUAAUGUGCUUUUACUGCACAAAAUGGUGCACGGUGCACACUCGAAACAAUCUUACCACAAAAUGUGCUUUUUAUUCACCAUUCUCUGAACUUGUUUAUUUUAUUUUUUAAAGGAACAUUUUAGAAUUUGUCACUAUUUUUCAUGUCUUUCUAUUUUUUUAAUUUUUUGUUGUUGUAUUUGGUUGCAAUUAAAGUUUUCUUGAUUUUUGAAAUGA